UAAUCAGUGAAGGUUUACGUCGCGUUGGUAAUUUUUCCAAUUUAAUCGUCGAUGUGGGCAAAUCGUUAGACACGACAGUGGUCACCCGGCGGCCGGCGGAGCGGCGUGAAGCGCUAGUGCGUGCCGGUCCAUCAUGUCCGUUCGCCGCGUGCACUGCGCGCUGGCGCUCCUUGUUCUCGCCGUCGCCGCACACGCUGUCAUCGACGACGCGCUCGACGUUAUUCGCCUCGGCAAGGAGAUCGGCGAGGAAGUGCUCAACUCCUGGGACGUAAUAGGAAGGCCGUUCAAUGUGUCCGGUGGUGUGGAGCUGCCGCUCAUCAGGCGACGGGAACGGGAGGUGCUGGCGAGGCUGGCGCAGGUGACGCGGACAAUAGAGAGGCUUGAGCUCAGGAUAGAGAAGCUGGGCUCAGUGGCGAUGUUCCUAGCGAAGGCCGGCGGGCGGGGCGCGCGGCUGGAGCUGCGGCUGCACGAGCUGGCGGACCUGUUGAGCCGCGUGGCGGCGGCCAACCGGCAGAUGCGCGAGUACGUGCGGCUACAGCAGGAGCUGGAGCGCGCCACGCUGGAGGAUUUCGCAGAGUGGUGCGUGUCGCACGACUCGGGCGCGCUGCCGGGCCUUCUCGAGCGCGUACACUCCCUCAUCUCGCCGCCGCACAAACAUUUAUUAGGCAGAGGCAUUCUGCAGCUUGCCUUGGACGAUUUACAGGAGGACCAUCCAGAUCUAUGCGAUCUCCAGUUGUCACCGCACCAGCUGAUAUACGACAUGUACAAUACGAUAUCACUCACAGAGAUCAAAGGAUACGCCAUGAUGCAGUUCUCUUGGAUGCUACUGAGGAUCUACGGAAAAGGCAACUUCACACAAGAAGCGAGCCUAACUAGACAGAGGUACGGCGAGCGGUCAGCUCGUACCGCGACCGCCGCGAAAGCAGCCCUGGCCAUGGCAAGACGAGACGUGUAUCGCUGCGACCCGCCCGUCCAUAAAGAAGGUGAAACAUACGCCGAGGUGACUCGCCUACUUCAAGGUUACAUAGAGAACGAGGUGGAUUUGAACACGGAGGGCACAUGCCGCGACAACUGCGCGUAUUACACGCUGGCUGAGCGACACGGUUGCUUCAAGGAUCAGUUCUGUUCCAAACAGCAGACGUGUAACGGAAGGAUCAUCAACUGUCAAUACAUCGACUCCGACAUGAACGUCUGUCAGGCUAGCGGAGGAAAUAACAAACGUCGAUAUGAGUGGAUAGAAUAUGAGAACGGCAGGAGAUUUGGCCAGCCGUAUAGCUGCUCGCGUCUGCCUGAUAAGGUCGACUCGUGGUGGAAAUGGAAUCUCUUCCACUGCUCUUACUGCUUUUGCCUUUGCGAGGACGAUAUCAACAAAGCGGAACGCUUCUUUAGCUUGCAAGAAGCAUACGCUGAUGACACGAAGAAUAUGGUUGUGACGGGGGUACGUCUGGUGAAGCACGGGCGUGUGUUCCACCUUCAGAUAAGCGAGGGUACGCUGGGCGAGCGCGGCGCGGUGAGGGCCGGCAGCUGGGUACCGAUACAGAAGUUCGAUCCUAACGACCAGAGCGUCAGAGAAGGUAUAGAUUACCACACGCUCACGUACGAGAGAAGAGCUAUCGAUCUGGAUGAAUUAGACUCGCCUGUGGGACACGUUCUUACCGGUGUCAGGUUCCGUAUGAUCGGUGCGCAUUUGCACUUCGAGAUACGAUCGACGCCGUUCAACUACACCACCGGUCGCCUCUUCCCCGAGAAGAGUGUGUGGAUAAGUAAUGACAAUACUGAAGGAGCGGAGAAGCCGAGAUCGCAGUUAACACUACAUCGACCUGACAUACCGACGCGAAGUCCUAUGCCUUUGUCAGUGGACUCUAAACAUGACCAGUUCAUCGAGUUCACCAACACAGACUUCGAGGCGGACGCCGCGCAGAGCACAGUGCCCUUCAUUGAUAUACAACCCGUACAACCAUUGAAAGGUGGUGGUUUAUCUAGUGGCGCGGGUCUGAUACACCGCGGUGCGCCUGGCUCUGGAGGUUUCAUUGCAGUCAAACUGUUUACGUACGACUAUUCAAGACAUGUAAAAUCCGAGGUCCCGCCCAGCGCUUACGAAGAAAUCACCUCAGAGUUUACGCCUAUCAUCAAUUAGAAUAAUAAAAUAUACUCAAUCUCUUCUUAAUUAUAAUUCUAAUGUAAUUUUUCAUAAAUAAA